CCUAGUCGCGACCCGACAGCCGCCCGCGCCGCGCGCCCACCCGACCACUGUGACCACUGCGCCCAUGCCGCCCAGAUACCGAUCACGCGUCAAAUUAAAGUGAUAUUCUGUUACUUUUAAAUCUCAACAAAUGGGAUAAAAUUGAUAAUAUAAUUAAUUUUGAAAAGACAAUUGUUUUGAGACAAUUUCCUUAGUGUGAUAUUAGUGCAUAAGUUAAUUAAGUUGUUUUACUAGUGUUGAACUGUUGAUUUUGUGAAGUGAUAAAAAUGGAAGAGAAUGGAGAUACCAAACAGCGUCUACAUGAGACCCCCUUACCUUUGGACACACCACUCCACCCUACAGAUACUAAGGAGCGCCUGCAGCGAGCGCCAUUCGAGACAGCUCUGCAUCAUGCCGGUUACGGCUGCUUCCAAUGGCUGCUCCUCAUGUCCUGCGGUGCUGUGUACGCCGUCUGCGCGCUCAGCACUACAACCCUCAGCUUCGUGCUACCAGCAGCUGCGUGCGACUUCAACUUGGAGUCAGCUGAUAAAGGACGUCUUACCGCCACGCCACUUAUAGGAAUGUGCGUCGGUUCGUACUUCUGGGGCAACCUAGCAGACGCUAGAGGGAGAAAGAAGGCCAUCAUCGGAGCACUGCUGCUGGAUGCAGUCGCUGCCUUCGUCUCCAGCCUGGUGCAGUCCUUCCCCGCAUUCCUGGCCUUCAGGUUCUUCUCAGGGUUCGGCAUCAUCGGAGCCACGGGUCUGGUGUUCCCUUACUUCGGAGACUUCCUGUCCCUCCGCCAUCGUGACGUCAUGCUCUGCAGGCUUGAAGUCUUCUGGACUAUUGGGACUAUUCUUCUGCCAGGAAUCGCCUGGCUGAUCAUUCAAGACCCGCGAUUCAACCUGACAGCGGCUGAUGCAGCGUUCCAGUACACUCCCUGGAGGGUGUUCGUGGCUGCUUGUGGCAUUCCCAGUUUAUUGGUGGUGCUGCUGCUUAUACCCUUCCCUGAGAGUCCACGUUACUUGCUAUACGCCCACCGACCCGAAGAGGCACUGAAGGUGCUGCAAAGGAUCUUUGUGGUCAACACAAAGCUGAGUGAAAAGGACUUCCCUGUGGAGUCAAUGAUAGGAGCAGAAGAAGACGGUGAAGAUGAAGAAGUGGUGACAGCAGACAACAACAACGAGACGAAGCGCGCGCGCACCUUCAAGCAGCGGAUGGAGUCCUUCUGGAACCGCAAGAAGAUGCUCGUCUCGCCGCCGUACAUCGGUUUCCUGGUGCUGUGUUGCUUCGUCGACUUCGGGUUGAUGUUCAGCUACUACACCCUAAUGAUGUGGUUCCCGGAUCUGUUCGAGCGGUACAGCCAGUUCGCGUCGCUGUACCCUGACGUCUCCGCUGGCGUCUGCGAGGUGUCUGCCAACCUCACCAUCUCGCACACGACGCCUGUCCCGGAGUUAUCUGACUUAAUUAGUGAGCAUGCGUGUCACAUCGACAACUCGGUGUACAUCCACACGUUGAUCGUAGCUCUAAGCUGCUUGCCCACCGCGCUGUGGGUCGGGCUCACCAUCAACAUGGUCGGCAAGAAACCUAUGCUGGUGCUCAUGCUGACGAUCUCCGGCUGCGCAGCGCUGGGUUUGAACCUAGUACGCUCCUCAUUAGAGAACCUGGUGCUAUCAUGCAUCUUUGAGGCCAUCGUCAGUUGCACGGAGGCCGUACUCUUCUGUGUCAUCUGCGAGAUCUUCCCCACCAAAGUUGCUGCAACAGCAAUGGCAGUGACAGUGAUGUGCGGGCGCAUCGGCGCCAUCGUCGGCAACGUCGUGUUCGGCGCGCUGGUGGAUGAACAUUGCGUCGUGCCCAUCUACAUGUUCGGUACCUUCCUUAUAUCAAGCGGUCUGCUGUGCAUCAUCCUUCCGAAGAGCACGCGCCCAGAGCGGCCGCAGGUGUAGUCAACUUUUAUUUAGCGUAUUUUGUAUUAAGAUUGCAUUAAAAAUAUCUCACACAA